CGUACCUUGGGUCCAACCACUCACGACUCACUGCUUAUCCUUUCACCACGCACCAUCUUCUGCUGUCACUGGCGAGAGGUUUCUCGUCGCGCCUACCAUCUCGCUUGGCUUGGUGCCAUUUCGAUCCAGUCUCCACCUAUAACGUGACACUGCAGCGACACGAGUCACUGCCGACGACGAGAGUAGUCACCCGUCGAUCCCCGUUGCAGCAUCGCACUUCACCAAGCAGGGUGCCACACUGUGCAAGCAAGCACCGCUACUUUCAGGUGCAUCAUAACAAUGCAAUCUCCCGAGACUUCGCUCAAGAGGAAGCCGGCAGCUUCGGCUGCCUCGAAUCUCACCAAGACUGUCAGGCGUUCAGUCACUCCAGUGUCCGACGAUGAAGGCGACGCAUCCGGCAGGCUCGGCCCAGGGGAAGGCGGCGAUGCUGGAAAUGAGCCUGGCGUCACCAAACGGACACUGCAAAACCGCAAAGCUCAGCGCGAGUUUCGCAAACGACGCGAAGCCCGCGUACGAGACCUCGAGGAACGAUGCCGUCGCUUCGACCAGAUGGGGCUUGAGGCCAAUGCAGAGCUUCAGCGGAUAGCGAGGCGACUGAAGGACGAAAACGAGGCUCUUCGCGGCUUGCUCGUGCGACUCGGAUUUGCCAACAUGAUCCCACGAGCGAUCGAACAGUGCAGCACGCCCAAUCGCGAGGGCUACCUUGGCCAAGCGUACACCUCCGCGGCUCACGCGUCCGGCAGUAACAACAACAAUAACAAUACAGCGCACUCAGGCGCUUCCUUCCUCGCGCCGCAUCCUUCCACAACCGGCGUAGCGAUGCCGAGCGACCUCGAUCUCAAUCUCAACAUGAACCUCAACGUGAUGGAUGUAGGCAUGGGAACCAGGAGCACUACGCUGACUUCCCACCAGGACCCCGCGAAUGCUGCUGGUCAGAGUGCGCAGAGACAACACUCUGUCAGCACCUCUCGUGGCAAUGCAAAGAGUUCCGCAGUCUCACCAUCGGGACUCUCCGUCAGCCAUUUCGACUGGCCAAUUAGCAACCCGAACGCAUACAUCACGGACGCAUUUCGCGGUAACCAAGAGACGGCCGGCAAUCAGAUUCGACCUGGGCUUACUCAAGUGAAGUCGCGCCAACGAUCACAAUCCUCGGUGCCUCAAAUCAUCAACAUUGACGGAGCUCAGCGUGGAAACGCGCGUCACUCGCCAUCAGCUAACAGCGAUGGAGCAGACGGCGCAAACAACGCUCGACCAAAGAGUCCUUUGCUGUCGCUGCGCGACUUGUCGGGUACGCAAGCGUCCGCAAACGCCCAAGAGAAGCAGCAGCAGCAAAAUGCGGAUGUGGUUUACGAGCCAGCCGGCUCCAGCUUGGGGGGUUUCGGUGGCGCCGGUACUGGAGGGAGCGCGAUGCUUGGACUCCCGCCUUCUGCGUCUCAACAAUUCUCCACGGCCACGGCAGCCAACAAUGCUGGGAACACGCCCACGAACUCUUCGAGCUCCCUGUUUCCAUUCCCUCAGAGGACUUAUCAGAACGAUGCUUUGCUCAAUCCCAACCCUAUCCCGUUCGCAUUCAAUCUCUCUAGCAACGCGUCGCAUUCUCCUCCUGAUCAGUCCUGGUGGGACGCCAUGUGCGGCGGAGGUAUGCUCACGCCUGGCCAAGAUCCCACUGCCCUCGAUGAGAAAGCACAAGUCGUCGCUGCAGCCCAACAGCAAUCGAACUCUGACAGGAGUAGCGGAGGGCCAAGCGGCAUCUUCGGUGGCACCCCGAUCGACUUUUCAGCCUUCCUUUCUGGUGGUUUCACUCCAACUGGGACCUUUGGUGCUCAGAAUUUCGAUGGUAGCCAGGCUAACGACGUAUCGCGCUCGUCAAAUCAACGGCCAAAUGCAGCUUCUAUGGAGAAGAAAUUGUCGGCCUCGCCGUCGAUGCCGCCUCCCAUGCCACCAACCGCACAUGCUCAGAUGUUCUUGCGCUUGCUCGAACGCAAGCUCGCCUCGCGAGAUUUCAGCCCGUACGCAUCUUUGGGCUUCCAACCGCCAAGCAUGUACCAGGACAACUCGGCAACGCAGCAGACGAAAGAUGCAGGCACGAAGUCAGGCUCGAGCAUGUGGCGCAUACCGAGUUCGACUGAUCGCACCAAGGCUACCACGAUCUGGAGAGCGCCGGGGCACGGCUCCUCGCCGCUGGCACAGAGCAGCAACGCUGCCUCGAUGACACCCAGCAGCGUCUACUCUCGAUUGUCGCAGCAUCCAGCCUUUUUGAAGACGAGCGAGAAGGAGUUGGAAGAGCUCGUGGACGCCCUCGAGCCCAGGCAUUCUACCGGCUCUCCUUCUUCGGGCCGCUCUGCGAGCACGGCCAACCGUUCAGCCCAAUCAUUGGAAAGACGUUCAAGCUCGCAAAGCUCCAACAGGUCGUCAGACGACUUCUUUACAAACGCUACCAGGCAAAAAGACGCGGUUGCAGCCACCCAUGCGCGUGGCCAGGCUCCGAACACCGGCAGACCUCCUGUGGCAGCCGGUGCACCCAAAGCGCCCCAACCACUUGAAAGCGGCGCUGCGCGAUCACCGCAUAGCAGCGCAAUGGAGCUGGACGAGAAUGCAGUCACUCAAAUACUCGACAUGCUCGAUGCCAAACGAGGAGGCAGUCAAGCGCAGUCUGGUCAUCGUGACGCGUCAGACUCAAAUGCCCCUAGUAUGAUGGCUACAUGAGCGCUCCGUUGUCCGCAUGGCUGCUUGCAACCUUACCUCGCUAUUAAGGCGUUCCUGACUGGCGUAUAUACACUCAAUCAGCUUGUUCAGCCGGUGUCUCCAGCAUGCUGCACGCAGAGUGCAUCUCUCCCUGGCCGUGGCAAAUUCCUACAUCUCACGUCGACUCGUCACAUGCACCCAAGCGUCUCUCCUGUAACAUCCCCCCCGUCUGUUCUCACCACUCUACGUUGCGCUUCCCAACUGCACUCGGAUCACAGGGCUUUCAUCUAGUCUCGUUUUUAUAUGCUUUAAUAGGCCAAUCCAUCCCGAUCUUGAGUGACCAUUCUUGAU